GACUUCUGGACCCCCGAUUGGCUGUCCCUGUGGCAACAAAGAGGCUUGGGGCGGGGACGCGGUGGGGAAGCCCCGCCUCUCUAUUGUGUUCCAAGUUCUGGCCAAAAGCUUGGCUAGGCGAGUGAAAGAGGCGCUGGGGCCGGUGCGCGCAGCAGACUUGCGCGCAUCCUAUGGGGAUUUGGGGGAAGGUGGAAAAACUGCAAAUUUCUUGCAAGGGGGUGAAAAAUGCAAGGAGGUAUUGAGGGUGCAAACUGAGUUGCGCGUUGCAAAAAGACACGAUCUCUGGAUCCCAGUGGCGCGAAGGAGCCCCGUUCCAAGGUCCCAGGUGGGAAAGUGAGCUCCGGAGCGGAGGGCGAGCAAGACGCGCGGUUGCAGCCGGCGGCGGGCUGGUUGGGGCACCUGUUGAUGGAGCCGGCUACCGGAGCGCAGAGCCUGGCCGGGAAAGCGGAGACCUCCCGGGGAGAGGGCAUAGCAGAGCGGAAUCCGUGCGCAGACUUUGGCUCGUGCUGAGGCCGACUGUGGCGGGAGAGUGUGGCUGCCGGAUCUUCUGUCUCCAAAAAGGCAUUUUCUCUCUGGGAGCCCCGGAAUCUAUACUUUUCAAAGGGCGCUGCGGGGAUGAGAAAUAGAGGCUGGGCUUCAAGCUACCGUCGCCGGAGGCCUCGAACACUGACCAAGAUCUUCCAAACGGCAACCAUCUCGAGUCUCACAGCCAACCCGAGUUUGCGUUCCAUCCCGGCACUACCGCAUGUGUAGGACUUGACGGCUCCGUGGAUCAGCAAAGGGACGCAUCUGGGCCGGGCGGUGCUGUGCAGGGUCUUGCGUUGGCAGCUGUGCUAUGAAUUGGUGUUUAUGGACUGUCUACCUCGGCCUGGUCUGCAGCAGUUUCGCUGAGGCAGGUAACGGUGACGCAGAGCCCCACGCUGUGGUAGGCCGGACAGGUGAGAGCAUUAUCUUGGCCUGUGAUCUCCUCAAGCCGCACGAGGCGAGUCCCCCUCUCUAUGUCAUCGAGUGGGUGCGCUUCGGCUUCCUCCUGCCCAUUUUCAUCAAGUUUGGCCUCUACUCCCCGCGUGUGGAUCCGGAGUACGUCGGUCGGGUGCGAAUCUACCAGGGCGCCUCUCUGCGCAUCGACCAACUGCGUGCCGAGGACCAAGGCUGGUAUGAAUGCCGGGUGCUCUUUCUGGACCGGCCCAGCAGCGACGAUGAAUUCCAGAACGGCACCUGGAUCCACCUCACUGUCAGUUCUCCCCCCACCUUCCAGGAGACCCCGCCAGCUUUCGUAGAAGUGCAAGACAGAGACUCCCUCACUCUCACCUGCUCCGCCGCUGGCAACCCCCGACCUGUCGUCACUUGGAAGAGGAACAACCAAGCCAUAGGAGGAGUGCAGGUGAAGAAUGGGACUCUCAUCAUUGCCAGCGUGGAGCGAUCCAGCGCUGGGGCCUACACUUGCCACGCCUCCAGCGAAGAGGGCACCGUCACCCACACCACCCGCCUGCUCGUACAAGGGCCGCCGGUAAUUGUGGUCCCCCCUCAGAACGUCACCGUCAACCUCACACAAGAUGCCUUCCUGGCCUGCCAAGCUGAGGCCUAUCCCGCCAAUCUCACUUACAGCUGGUUCCUGGGGAGUACAAAUGUCUUUCACCUUAGCCGCCUCCAGUUCCGGAUUCGGGUCUUGGUCGAUGGGAGUCUCUUGGUUCAGAGAACGACCCCAGAGGAUUCGGGACAAUACACCUGCGUUCCUAGCAACGGGCUAAAGAGACCACCCUCUGCUUCGGCUUUCCUUACAGUUCUAUAUCCGGCCCGGGUCAGCAACAUGCCCCCGGAGACCCUCCUGCCGAUCGGGAUGCAGGGCGUCAUCCGGUGCCCCAACAAGGCCAACCCUCCUCUGCUCUUUGUCAACUGGACCAAAGAUGGGCAGCCCCUGGAUGUAGCCAAGUUCCCAGGCUGGUCCACAAGGCCCGAUGGCGCCAUCGUCAUUGCCACAGGAAACGACGACGCUCUUGGGGUGUACAGCUGCACCCCAUACAACAGCUACGGCACCGCCGGCCCUUCAGCACCCACUCGCGUCCUCCUCAAGGAUCCUCCCAUAUUCACCCAGCGCCCCAAAGAAGAGUACUUCCAGGAGGUGGGCCGCGAGUUGCUCGUUCCUUGUGCUGCCCACGGUGACCCCCAGCCCGUCAUCUCUUGGACCAAGCUCCAGAUGGGCAGCAAAGGACUCGCCAACGCCCAGGUGGAUAGGAACAACACCCUGGUUCUGCGGCCACUGGCCAAGGAGCAGCACGGCUUGUGGGAAUGUGCCGCCAAUAAUGGUGUGGCCCUCGUCACCGCUGCAACUGCGGUCCAUGUAUUAGGAACCAGUCCUCAUGGAGUGGCCAACCUCUCCGUGCGUCCGCACCAGCAGGGCGUCAACGUCACCUGGGAACCUGGCUUUGAUGGGGGCUAUUUUCAGAGGUUCAGCGUCUGGUACACACCGCUAUUGAAACGCCCGAACCGCCCUCACCACGACUGGGUCUCGCUGCCGGUGCCCACCGGGACCUCCCAUCUUCUGGUGGAGAACCUCCAAGCAAAUACCAGCUACCAGUUCAGCAUUCUGGCUCAGAACAAACUGGGUAGCGGCCCCUUCAGUGAGAUUGUUGUGGCUGUUCCACUAGGUUUCUCAGCAAACACUGUGCCUCCCGACCUCCCAAGCACCACCUUGCGAGUCUUCGUUUUCCCACCCAAAUCCCUGACGGCGAACGAGACCACGCGGGGGGUGCUGCUGCUUUGGGAACCCCCGUCACAGAACUCUGUGGCCCUGACUGGCUACGCCCUGGAACUACGCCAAGACCAGGAUGGGUGGGAGGUACUGGACGGAUCCAUUCCCAGCUCUCAGAGGCAGUUUCUGGUACCCGGACUGAUCAAGGACACUUUCUAUGAGUUCCGCUUAGUGGCCUUUGCUGGAAGCUACACGAGCGAUCCAAGCAACAUAGUCAAUAUUUCCACAGCAGGCAUGGAGGUUUACCCCUCCCGUACCCAGUUGCACGAUCUCCUCCCCCAGCCCGUCUUGGCCGGCGUCAUCGGCGGCGUCUGCUUCCUCAGUACGGCUGUGAUCUUUAGCACCAUGGCCGCGUGCAUCAUGAAUCGUCGGCGAGCCACCCGUCUCCGCAAACGCAGGCAGGAUGCACCAAUCGUCUUCUCCCCCAACAAGAAGCUUCUACCUUCAGAAAAUUCUAGAGGCUCUGCUAGUCCAGACAGCGUUGUGAAACUGAAGUUCCAGACCUCCCCCUAUCAAAGCCUUCGACGCACCCUGCUGUGGGGGGACAAAGCCGGCACCAACCUGGGGCUCAGCUUCGCCAACAGCAACGCGAGGCCCGCUUCCAAAUACACCCUGUACGAGAGCCACAUCGGGGAGACCCUGCCCCUGGAGCGCAUCUGCCGUGGCCCCGACGGACGCUUUGUGGUUCAGAGCGAGGCCGAGCCCCGGGAGCGCUUGGCGGCCGUGAUGGAGCGCUGCUCCCUGUCCCUCACCUCCUCGGAGAGCAGCCUGAGCCAGCCAGAGCCUUACCUGCAGGUCUACUCUUCCCUUGGGCCCGAGGAAGCCGUCUGGCAAAAAAGCGUCCCCCUGAGGCCUCAGAGCUCCAGUCAGGCCCGGCGCAAAGCUAAAGCCUCUGGCUACUGCCAGGGCCGUUACUUCGACUACAGCAGCAGCAGCCCGACGGACGAAGCCAAGCCCUUGUGCAUCGCUAACAUCAGCCCCGUGACCGCCAUGCUGUACAGGGCCACUGAGCAGCAGACGCCAGCCAGCCGGGGCUUCGAGGGACAGCCGGACGUCCCCACCACGGUCACUUCCUCUUCCUCCUCGCUGGGGAACCCUCCGUUGCCAACGUACCGCAGGCCUGAGGGCAGCCAAGGGAAAGCAAAUACCUCAGCUCAAAGCGGAAUCCUUCAGUACUUGAGUCUCCCCUUUUUCAAGGAGAUGAACGUGGAUGGGGACUGGCCCCCAGAAGAAGGGGGACCGCUUCCCACGCCAGCCCUUUCUGAGGCCACCGGCCUGGGCAGCACCGAACUCACGCUGCUCGGGGACGGGGACAAAACAGCUUGCCCGGCUUAUAUGGACACGCAAGCCGUACCAGAGCCCCCUCUGGAACAAGCUUCGGCUAAGAGUCUUCUCCAGCUUCCCGACACCCACGCGGGCCCGGCAAAGGCGGCCUUGCCUGGCACCUCCGUCUGCCCCAGUUACCUCAGCUCCAUUGUGGAAACACCUCAGGAGUUGGGGCAGUGGUCACAGUCACAUGUGCCCCCCCGGUCCCUCACGGACAGCAGCCAGACUGAGCUGGCUUACACGGCUCUCCCUCCAGAAAGGGACUGGCCACACAUGCCAGAGCUGCCCUCGGAGCCUGUGCCUCCCGAGAGACACAAAUCACCCCCAGCCAUUCCCCCACUGGGCCUCCCCGCCGAGAAGCCGCUGAGAGGCAGCCUUACCAGCCAGAGCAGUGGCCGAGGCAGCGUGUCCUUCCUGAGGCCCCCCUCGCUGGCGCCAUCCUUGGGGGGUAGCCAUCUCAGUUCCCCCUUCGGGGAUGUGGCCAGUUGGCAAAGCAGCUCCGCCGGAGAGGACUGCAGGACCAAAUCUUCCGUUGCUGCCAUCAGUAAAAGGAGGAACACCUCUGUGGACGAGAAUUACGAAUGGGACUCGGAGUUUGCCUUGGAGUCUGACCUGCUGGACGCUCUGCAGCUGUACCGCAGCGGGAAUCCCAAAAGACCCGUCUCCACCAUCGCUGCCCACGAACUGGAGAAACAGAGUUCGAAGUCCUCCAGCGAGAGCAGCGGCUCGCCCUCCAACUCACAAUCCGUGGGCGUCUUGGACGGGUCGAGCUCUCCCGUGCCCAGUCCCGAGGAACGCUGCGCAGCUCUGCGGGAGGAAUUCCUGGCCUACCGGCGCCGCCGAGAAGCUACCCAGCAGCGCCGGCAGAAGCUGGGCUCUGGCCGGAAGUGUGGCGACGAGCGAUUCGAGCAGGCUACUUUGCUGUGAGGAGGGGUCUCGGCCAACCCAACUUUGCCCUGCCACCCCUCAUGAGCGGAUGGUGUCUCUGUGGUUCCAGAGGGGGGGGGGGGUAGAGCAGUGGCUACUCCCCUGCUGGAGGAGGGGCAUCCUCUAGUCCAGAGCGACAGAGAGGGACUGCACAUACCGCCCAGAGCAGUUGGUGGUGCCACAGAUGCCGGAGCAGGGAUGCCUUGGGGUGGAGGCGUAGGAAGAAGGCCGGGCUCCGGAGCCCAUGAAAAUAAUCCCUCUCCGAGGGGGUGGUGGAUUUGUUUAGCUACUGGCUGUGUGAGUUUUUUUAAAAAUCAGGGGGGGGGGCUGUUUUCUAAAAUCUGAUAUUAAAAAAAACCAGUUGUGUUAAGCGUGGCAUUGUGUGAAAUCGGAACGCUGCUGUUCUCUGGACCCCACCCCCGCUCCUGAGCAAAGACAGAGAAAGGUAACGAAAUGACCUGCAGGUUGGAAAGACGGUGGCUCAAGAGUAGAGCAUCCGCUCGGCAGGCAGAUCUCAGGUUCGAUUCGCCGGCAUCUCCGGUUGAAG